AUGGAUACCAAGCGGUCGCUCGGCAAGCGCCCGGUGAGCCGCGGCGCCAGCGGGGACUCGGGCAGCGACAGCCCCGCGUCCCCCUCCCGCAGCCCGGUGCAGGCGGCCGGGGGCCACGCGGCGUUCCCCGUGGCCAACGCGUUCGCCAACGACGGCAGCUUCAUGGAGCUUUUCAAGAAGAAGAUGGAGGAGGAGGAGAAGAGGAAAAGGGAGUCGCAGCGAACGGGCGCAGAGGCGAGAGCCCCCGAGCAGGGACAGAGCUCAGUGGAAAAGAGGCCCCCUCCUCCUGUGACGAGCUUUGUAAGGGGUUCAGCAGUUGUGGGGAAGCGCAGAGGCGGUGUGUUCCUAAAGACCGGCAUGGUUGUCAAGAAGCAGAAAACCGACACAGAUGCCGAACCGGGCAGGAGCGAUGCCUGGUCUAAGUACAUGGCCGAGGUGAAAAAGUACAAAGCCCACCAGUGUGGUGACGACGAUAAAACCAGACCGCUGGUCAAAUAA